GUCAUUUUUGUAGCAAUUAUUGCAGGCUUAGUAUGGUUAAAUACACCUUACUCAGAAUCAUCUAUAUCUGAUAGACAAGGAGUGAUUUUUUUUGCUUUGACCUAUAUAUUUACGCGUCAAUUGAUGCAUUUUAUCAUGACAUGUAGUUCCUGCAGAAAAUAAAGUUAUUGCCAAAGAACGUUUGUCUGGUAUGUAUCGUCUUUCUGCAUACUACACUGCAAAAAAUGUAGUUGACCUUCCAGUUAUGAUAUUACCACAUGUUAUCUUGUACACGAUAAUUUAUUGGUCAGCUGGACUCAAUUGUUCUCCUGUUUUUUUGCUUCGAAUAUUUACAGUUAUUUUGACAACAGCACUUUCACAGUCGAUUGGACUUGUGAUAGGUGUUAGUAUAAAAGAUUUCAAAAAAACUUCGACUGUUGCAGUUAUUUUCUUCCUAAGUAACCUUCUACUAGGAGGUUUCUAUAGCAAGCGAUUUCCACCAUGGUUUAAAUGGAGUAAAUACAUAUCAGUUUACAGCUACAUUUACAACAUCUUUUUGAGAAUUGAGUUUGAAUAUGCUAAGGAAGAGUUUAAAUGUUCUACGAUUUCAGAAUUUCGCGAAUGUCGUAACAAUAACAGAACGCACAUGACUGGGCCCGAGUUAAUGGCUUAUAUAAAACCAAUAGAUCUUGAUAUUAUGCAAAGUGUUUUUGUAAUAUUUGGUUUGUCCAUUGUUUUGAGGAUAUUAUUUUAUUUUGUACUAAAGUAUUUAAACAAAGGUAAUUAAAAUAGUCAUUUUAGUUGUGAACUAUUUAUAUUUGCUUUUAAUUUAAAAAAAUAAAUAAAUAAAUAAUAA